ACGGAAACAGAAUAAACAGAUCUAUAAAUCAUGAUUGUGUUUUUGUUUUUCCUAAUUCUGCCGUUUUUCAGCGAUGCCGGUCAAGCAGUGCACCGUAGUGCGCUGAAUGAUUUCCAGCGUUCUGAGGGAAGAGAACUAGUACCACGGGAAGCUAACCGUGUCACUCUGCUCCCUGGCAUCACACUGGAGGAGUGUGCCAAACGCUGCUCAGAGAGCCUCGACUGCAGGGCCUUCAACUAUGUGUUUCGUCCAUCUGUAAUCUGUAAGCACUUGCCCUGGGUGGGCAACACAGACUAUGCAGAGGUGAAGAGAAACGUCAACUGUGACCUGUAUGAGAUGAAAGUUUAUAUCAGGAAGUGCAUUAUUGGUAAUGGAGAGGACUAUCGGGGAGAUGUAUCUAAGACCAAGACAGGACUGACAUGUCAACAGUGGUGGUCAAAGUUUCCUCAUGAUCACAGAUAUACCCCUUCUUCCACUAAUGGCCUGGAGCUAAAUUACUGUCGUAAUCCAGAUGGGGAUGACAUUGGACCCUGGUGCUACACCACGGACCCUGAGCGCAGAUACGAGAGCUGUAAUAUCCCCCAUUGUAAAGAUGAGGUGUGUAUCACCUGUAAUGGAGAGGACUACAGGGGUCAGGUUGAUCGCACAGUGAGUGGAAAAGAAUGCCAGAGAUGGGAUCAGCAAACUCCACAUCAACACAUCUAUCAACCAGAAAAAUACCCUGAUAAGAGCCUGGAUGAUAAUUACUGCCGGAAUCCUGAUGCCUCCCCCGUGCCCUGGUGUUACACCACUGACCCGGAGGUGGAGAGAGAGAGCUGUGACAUCCGCAAGUGCUCGGAGGCUCCAAAGCGACAUUCUCGCUCCAGUUAUACCACACACUGUUUUCGAGGCCGUGGGGAGGAUUACAGAGGAAAAGUGAAUGAGACAACUUCAGGCAUCCCGUGCCAGCGCUGGGACGCACAGUUACCCCAUGAGCACCCAUUUUACCCCCACACUUAUGAAUGCAAGGGACUGAAAGAGAACUACUGCCGUAAUCCAGAUGGUUCUGAGGCUCCCUGGUGCUUCACAUCAAGGCCUGAGAUGAGGACGGCACUCUGUCUCCAGAUCAAACGCUGUGCUGAUGACAUUGAGGCUGAAGAUUGCUAUAAUGGAAAUGGAAAAAACUACAGAGGUACUGUCCGCAAAACACGGAAGGGAAUCCUCUGUCAGGACUGGAGUGUAGAUAUAUCACAUAAAAUUAAGAUUAAUCCAAAGACAUAUCCAGAUGCCAACCUGACAGAGAACUACUGCAGGAACCCAGAUGGAGAUCUGCAUGGACCCUGGUGCUACACUGCCGACCCCAAAACCGAAUUUGAUUACUGUGCAAUCAAGCAGUGUGCAGGGGAGGAGCCACCUAUUGCAAUGCCACAAGUGGGUGUAGAGUUUAAUGAAUGUGGGAAGCGUGAUGACCGUAAAUUGAGUACGAGGCUGAGGAUUGUUGGUGGCACACCAGGGAACUCUCCAUGGACAGUCAGCCUAAGAGACAGGAAAGGAAAGCAUUUUUGUGGAGGAUCAUUGGUGAACUCAAAAUGGGUGAUCAGUACUAAGCAAUGCUUCUCCUCAUGUAGUUAUGUGGACCUCACAGGGUAUUCUGCGAUCAUGGGCACCGUGUACCGGGACCCAAAGGAAGGAGAACCCGGCAUACAGUCCAUUGCUCUGAACAAAAUUGUUUGUGGACCUUCAGAAUCACAUCUAGUCCUGCUACAGCUAGAAACUCCUGCAGAGUUUAAUGAGCGUGUGUCACAAAUAUGUCUUCCCCCUGAGCGCUACAUUGUUCCAGAGGGAACCACGUGUGAGAUUGCUGGAUGGGGGGAAACCAAAGGAACAGGGGAUGAAACCGUGCUGAAUGUUGCUCAGAUGCAAGUGCAGAGCAACAGCGAAUGUAACAAGUACUUCAAAGGGCGUGUGAAGCAGAAUGAAAUGUGCACGACAACUUUUUAUGCUGGCGUGGGGGCUUGUGAGAAAGACUAUGGAGGCCCUCUGGCAUGUCAGAACAGUGACUGCUGGGUCUUAGAGGGUGUCAUCAUCCCUAUGCGUCGCUGUGGGCACCCAGGGCAACCAAAUAUCUUUAUCCGGGUAUCGAUGUAUGUAGAUUGGAUCAAGAAGGUCAUGGAGAUGGAAUAGCUGGCAGGAAUC